AUGCUUAAAUUCGCUGAUGAUACAACCUUGAUAGGGUUGAUUUCAGGGGAUGAUGACAGUGCCUACAGAAAUGAGAUCCUUUCCCUAACUGAAUGGUGUUCCCACCACAACCUAGAGGUGGACUUCCGAAGACAGAGGAAGGAGACCCAACCUCUGUCCAUCAAUGCGGCGGUGGUGGAACGGGUAGACAGCUUCAAAUUUCUGGGCACAAUAAUCUCCUCCUCUCUGAAAUGGGUAGAUAACAUCACUACUAUUAUUAAAAAAGCCCACCAGAGGCUCUUUUUCCUCCGCCAACUAAGGAAGUUUGGGGUGGCCUGCAAGGGGAUGCAGCAGUUCUACCAAGCCACCGUUGAGAGCAUCCUUACGUUCUCAAUCACAGUCUGGGAUGGCAACCCUACUGUCCAGCAGAGGAUGCGACUAGACAGGAUUGUCCAUACGGCCUCCAAGAUACCGGUGGAGGUGGAGCUGAUGGAGGAAACAGAUUCAGCGGUGGUUGCCAUGGCAGCAGAGCUGCAGGACCAGGUGUCGGUGACCAGGAUUGAAAGGGAAGGCGUCUCCUUCAGAUGUAACAGUGACCAGUGUGUUAACUAUAUCUACUGGUACCAGAAGAAAGAGACGAAAACAUUCACCGUGAUUCUUCGAAUUGACAAGAGUAAUGGUAACAUUUACAAAGAAUACAACCAUCCUCAGAAGGAUGAUUUCUCAUCAGUCCUCAAAGAGAACAGCUGUGAGUUGUCGCUUCAGGCGGUGAAAGCGUCCCAUUCUGCCACCUACUACUGUUCCUGUUGGACUAGUGGAUAUUUCACUGUGGAUAUCCUAACCUUUGGUCGUGGCACCACCCUGGUUGUUACAGACAGUUCAGUGGAGCGGCCCAAAGUGAGCGUCUACCCAGCGACAGGAGCUGAUUUAAAGGGCCGGCGCUCCCUGCUGUGUGUAGCCAGAGACAUGUUCCCUGAGGAGGUCCAGUUCUCCUGGAGGAGGAGAGGGGGGGGCGGAGGGGGGGGGAAGGACGGGGAGCAGCUGGAGCCCAGAGGACCGACAUACCCUGCCAGCAUCCUGGUUAUUGAUCAGGGAGAAACCCUCAUGGAUCCAUACAUCUGUAGUGUUCAGCAUGAGAGUGGUCUGCAGGAGGUGGAGUUCCCAGAUAUAACCUUGACGUCAGAAGGCCACGGGAUGACAGAAAUGACCUUGACUUCAGAAGGCCCCGGAAAGACAGAUGUUACCUUAGCGACGGCAGUAACUACGGACCCCCGGCGUCCAGGGAGACCCAGAGAAGGUCCUUCAGAUGAAACACACCAGUCCCUCCAGGUGCUGUCCAGAGCCAGGCUGGCGUCUGUGCUCUACACAGUGAUGGUGGUGAAGAGUGUGCUCUGCUGCUGUGGCCUGGCUCUCCUGCUCCUCCACACCAACAAGACCAGCAGGACGCCCAGAACCAGCACCACCACAGCCCUGGACUGACGCUCCUGUCCCCCAGAACCAGCACCACCACAGCCCUGGACU